CUGCCUUUACCUUCUCUCCUGGCAGUGUUCACGUGGCGAUGCGGCGCCCCAAGGUAUGGAUCUUCCUGGCUUUCGCCCUCGCUGUGGUCGUAGCAGCGAAAGGUAGCGACGGUAGCGCCGAGGAGCAACCAGAAGAUGACUCGGAGGGCGCAGGCUGCGGUUGUUCUGCGGGACUCAGUCGAGACUCGCCUAGGGGUGGCGAGGUUAGCUCUGGCAGCAGUUCCUCCGCACGUGACGCCGCCACGGCAGCGCCAACGGCAGAAGAGGAAGAAGCACCAGACGGGGAGGCGUGCGAUCCCGAAACGGAAGCAGACGCGGCGGGGGAAGACGCGGCGGCAGGAAUCAUGGUGCUGGUCGAGGAAGGGGACUUUCGUUUUGGCACGGACAGGCCCUUCAUCAUUCCGGACGGAGAAGGCCCUGGGCGCCUCACUAGUCUCCCAAGCUUCUACAUCGACAGGUUCAUGGUGACGAACGAAAGGUUCGGCGAGUUCGUCGGCAACACGUCGUAUAAGACCGACAGCGAGAAGUACGGCUGGUCCUUCGUGUUCUUGCCCAUGCUGUCCAUGCGGCAGCAGCGCGAGAUUCAGCAGGCGGUGGCAGGCAUGGAGUGGUGGCUGCCCGUGGAGGGAGCGUACUGGCGGCGACCAGAAGGCCCAACGACCGACGUAUUCCGAGACGGGAGGGGGAACCAUCCCGCGACUCAUGUGUCCUGGAACGACGCGAAAGCGUACUGCCGUUGGAGGGGCGGCCGACUGCCCAGCGAGGCGGAGUGGGAGCGUGCCGCUCAGGGCGACCCGGUAGAAGCAGCAGGCGAGGGCGAGGGCGAGGGCGAGGAAAGGGGGAGGGCAGUGCCGCGGUACCCGUGGGGAGAUGAUCUUACGCCGGAGGGCCAGCACCGCGCGAACAUAUGGCAGGGCACGUUUCCGACCCUCAACCUGGCAGAGGAUGGUUUCCCCUACACGUCCCCCGUGGACGCCUUCCCUCCGCAGAACUCCCUGGGUCUGAGAGAUGCCGUCGGCAACGCGUGGGAGUGGGUAGAGGACUGGUGGACCCCCGAUCGCUCCAAGUACAAGCAGAACAAUCCACGGGGCCCCAAAAGGGGUACGGAGAAGACCAAGAAGGGGGGGUCUUUCCUGUGCCACCACACUUACUGCUACAGGUACCGUCCGGCCGCCCGCACCAAGUCCGAUGUCGACAGCGGCACCUCGAAUCAAGGCUUCCGUUGCGCCGCGGACGUUCCGAAGACGGCGCCGCGGUCAGGCGGCGGCGGCGCCGGGGGGGGGGCAGCGAACAAUGACGGCAAGGCCGAAAGAAGUGGCGACGAUGGUGAUGAUCAUGCCCACCCAGGAAGAGACGGAGAGCUGUGACGUAGCUGCUGCGACGCGAAUGUGUAUUUUUGGGCUGGUUGGUGUGAUUGUUGUGUCGAUAUUUUGCGUCCCCAAACCAAAACUAAAAACCAACAGGUUGUUAAUUGAGCUCGGUUGUUGUCGAUGGUUGGUUGUGUGUUGCUCUGUGAUGCUGGUUGGGAAGAAAAACAUGUACACGAGCGCACAGCAGUGGCAGUUACUCUUCUUCUCGUUGUGGGCAGGGAUGGAAUCGUAGUAUCGCAGAAGAGAAAGGUAAACAGUGGCGUGUGACUGAUCCGCUUGCCUACCAGAUGGGUCUGGCUCAGAGAAUCCCGUGCAUGCACGGAGUUGUGCUUGGUGUCGCAUAUAUAUGUUGGAGUGCGACCCACGCGUGUGGUUUUGGUGUCGGUCCUACGGCCGGUCGAGGGUGAAAAUAAAAAUGUCCACAAAGAAGAACAUUGGCCUAUCUGCAUCGUGAGAAUGAGAGGAAGGGAAAGAAGGAAGUGAUAUGAUGGCGGAGGGGACAGGCGCACUCGAUUGCGGCGCCAAUGCUUUCGAGCCACGCACAUGGUUACCCGGCAGAAAUAUGGUAAAACAUGGAUGGUGGAUCGUUGGAUGUUUCCUUUGUCGAGGCGGAUGGUGAUGGAGGUGUGCUCUGGAUACCACCCCCGAAAACCGGCACUUGCCGUCUUGUUUAUCACGGUCUCUGACGUUGGGACAAUGGAUAGCAUUGGUUGGUGAGUAGGGGUUAUCGGAGCAACAUUGAUUCAUGUCUGUUACUGUCGUUGCUUACAAGCGAGACAAGGCCUUUUGUGAUGAAUGUGGCGUGUCUGACUUCGUCUACAUGUUCGACAACGGGGGUCGGGGGGCAAGGUUGCGCCAAGAAUCUUCAACACGAGGGCGUCACAAAGUUGGAGCUCCACAAUUGUUCAUGAUAUGGCGGCGAACCAACGACGCCGGGUUUCCUGGUUGUGUGUGUGUAUGCCGCGUCCUUGCUCCGAAGCUCGCAACGCUUGGCGACCGCAGUGGUCGUCUCGACCGUAGGAGGUCUCGGUAUUAGGACUAUUUUCCAGCGGUUGCCUCUUCAGCAGCCCACUCUACGCUUGCUGAAUCUGGCGAUGAUUUUUCUUUUUUUUUCCAAGUAUGCAUUCCGGUUCUCUCUUCCCAGCUCGCUCCCGCUUCGUGUCCGGCGGCCGCUUCGGGAACGGGUGCUUCCUCCUGUCGUGUAGGCGAGACAUGUAGUAUUUAUUGUUGGAUGGCACUUUGGAAGCCGCACGCAUCAUCAAGAUUUGCGGGGAGAAGGGUGACGUUGACAUGGUGCUCCAGGAAAGCUUAUCGUUAAGUGCUUGGCCGUUAUACCCGACACGCACGUAACUCGU